AUGAACGCGCCUGAUCGUUUCGAGCUCUUUCUGCUCGCCGAGGGCGAGAAGAAGAUUGAGGAAAAGGUCUACUCUGGCAUGUCCAACACAUCAGAUUUCUUGCUCAAGAAGGAGGAUCACACCCUCGGCAACCUGCUCUCCGAGCACCUCAAGAUGCACCCCAACGUGCUCAUGGCCGGCUACAAACUUGGCCACCCCAACGUCCCUGAGCUCUUCAUCCGUGUGCAAACAGACGGCACGGUGACCUCGCGCGACGUCUUCACCUCGGUGUGCGAGCAGCUCAUCAAUCAGCUUGAAAUGCUACAUCAAAAGUUCACGCGAGAAUGGGAGCUGCGGCGCAUUGCCAACACUGGCCAGCAGGCCAACAUGCAGUCCAACGGCCUGUGA